AUGAAGACUCUGGUAACGAUUGUACUUCUCUCCGCUGUUGCAUCUGUGGUGGAACUAAAAUCAGAUUCAAAGAAGCAAAAGCGCGGAGUGGCAUUUUUUGGACCGCCUGAUUUUUUUGGUAUUGUGCCAGCAUUCAGUCCUGCGACGUGGGCUCCCACAAAUUUUGCAGCUUCAGCCUGGGCUCCAUUAAACACUCCAGAUAUCGCGUUAGCGCAAAUUGAAGCUCAAGCCGCACACAAUGUGGCACUUCAGGCAUUGAAGGAUCCGACACCUGGUACUCCCAACAUCGCAUACCCUUCUGAAGUUUUGAGAGCGAUUCAGCAAGCAAAAGAAGCGAAUAAUAAUGUUGCUUUGGCCCAGCAUAAAGUUGCAGAAGCGAAGCAAGCUGCGAUACUUCAGCAGAAAAUUGCUUUAUCAAAGGAGAUAGCAGCGAAAGAAGCUGCUGCCAGAUCGCAAAAAAUUUCUCAACACGCUGAAGCCGAAGCUAAAGCCAGUGCUCGACAACUUGUAGCGUUGCAACAGAGAUUAGCAACCCUAAAAGCAGCUGUAGCAGCUGCACAAAAAGUAGCGGCCGCUAGAGAAACUGCUGCAGCUGUGGCAAUCCAAAGAAAUGCAGCUGAAACUGCCGCGGAAUUACAGAAACAGGACGUUGAUAAACAGAUUAGCCAGAGCGAAGAGGAAGCUAAGGAAAAGAAUAUAUUAGCUGCAAAAGAAAACGCAAUAGCAGCUGCGGUUCAGCAAGCAAGUUUACAAAAAUCAGUUCCUCAUCCCUGGGAUUGA